ACGCCUGAAAACCAUGUCACGUGGUUGCAGCACGUAGACGUAGGCCCUACACCCUGUCUGACAAGGGAGAGUGGGCUGUCUUGACAGUAAAUACGACCUAGUUCACAGUUGUGGAAGAAAGAAGAAAAAAGGCCACUGGAGAGAUCUGAUGGUUUCGCCUUUGUGGGACUGGUAAGCAAAAUUGUAAUUUAAAUACAUUUUAAAUUACAAAUGCUGUAGCUAGUUUCAAGGUUUAACAUUUUAAAAUUAAUAAAAUCGUUUUAAAAACUUUCACAUAAUUUUUGUGUGCUUAUGGUGAGUAUUCGUCAUAAUGAUAUCUAGAUUAAUUUUUACUCUUUUUGAAUAAUUUAUAAUCAUCAAUUAAACAGUGCAUUUAAAUUCAUAGUCCACGACAGCAUUGGGCAACCCAACGACCCGCGGGCCACAUUCGACCCGCUUAAACAUUUGACGCGGUCCGCGAGACCAACCGUGAACUGAAUUACUAUAUUAAAUAUUCGUUAAAUUUAACAAAUUUUGAAUCUUUAAAAGCCUUGACAAUAAAAUGAUUUUCAAUCUGUUCUCGGGGUCAAUUUUCGAGGCCAAUCUCUCAUGAUGUAUAUUAAAUAAUAGAUCCUCGAUUCUCAGAUAAUCUGGCCUGGCCCAAAAGUCCGUACAUUUCAUAAGCGCUUGAAUAUAACUUCUACACUUGGUAGCACGGUCUUUGCUGGCUCUAUUCCUCAGUACAUGCCAACGAUAUCUCUCUCAGUGUCGGAAUAAUGCCCCCACACUACCCACCCCCACACUACCCACCCCUACCCCCUCACACCCCCACACCCACAUCCCCCCACACCCACAUCCCCCCACACCCACAUCCCCCCACACCCCCACAUCCCACAUCCCCCACACCCCCACACCCCCACCCUUUUUGACUUAACAUGUGUGAAGCAAAAACUUUUAAGUUUCAUUAGUUUGUUGUCGGUCGCGUUUGGGGGGGUGGGGUUGGUCUGUCCCUGCGUGCACAUUUUUCCUUACAUGAGGGGAAAUAUUUUCGGUCUCAUGCCCCCCAAUUUAAAAAAAAAAAAAAUUUUUUUUUUAAAAUACAAUUUGUGGAAUGCUUGACCCACCCCGGGGGCGGCACUGACCCAAGCUACGACACCGUUGUUUACAGUUUUUAAUACAGUGAGCAGAAAGAUAAACUGUACUAAAACUGCCGUAUCCAGGCCCGUUCUUAGGCAUACGCUGACUACGCAUCCGCUUAGGGCCCCGAACGUGAGGGGGCCCCAGUGAGGCGCCCUCGAUACCCCGUUUUUUUUUUAAAAAUCUUGCACUGCAGCCGUCUCUGUCACUCACGUUACCUUCCUCAUCCUGAAAUUUAUCAUUCUGAGUUGAAUUCGGAGGCAGGGGAAGGGAAGCAGCAGGGGGGGCUUUGAGGGUGGCAGACAGAAAAUCGGGGGGGGGGCUUGGCCGUGGGAAUGGGAAAGAGGAAACAUUGAUGAAGGCAGAAUGGAGGUGCUGCAGUGGUGGGUGGUGUUUUCUCCUCAGCUCGAGGGAGCUCCCCCCCCCCGGACCCCCCUUCCGGGACCCCCAACCUACGCUCCAUGCUUAGGGCCCCCUAAGAACGGCUCUGCCGUAUCUUGAACGCGAGCGUGCGCUUGUGGACGCUGUACAGCUCCAUCCGCCGCGUUCCCCUAGGGUGUCGAGGAAGCUGUGUGGGGCAGCUGUUGCUGGAGGUGGGUCUCUAAGGAGAAAGAAACUUUUUAAUAGUUUUAGUGCUAUUUUCGCUCACGCGGGAAAAAGUCGAUGAAGGCAAGGGGACCCAAGUUUGAAAAAAGCAAAAUUCGACAAAACUAUAACUGAUGAAGAUUUAAUAAGACGGAGCCAAGUAAAGACUGUUACGCUGUCUGUUGCUACGAAAUCUGGCCAUUCUGGAAGUACACCGCCUCAACGGAAGGGUAGGACUCAGGUAAUAGGACUGCUCGGCCAGUAACUGUUUCAACAAAUAGAAAAAACAAGCACGUGUUUAGCAGUAUAUUCUACAUUCGCCCCAUGCGAAAUCUGCCAUGAAAACUUUUGCCUAUUAAGAAGUUUGUUUUUAUUUUGGUCCAGAGACUUCGCGUUUAUAUUGGAGGCUCCCUGGCUCUUUCAUUUUAGGUUUUGUGCCCACCCCCCCCCCUAAACGCCCCCCCCCCCACAUCAAACUUUUGUCCCUUUUAAAUAUAUUCGCACCGCUCCACCCCCACUCCUUGCAACCGCAGGUAUCACGGUCUACGCCAGUGGUCCUCAACCUUCCUAAUUCUACGAACCUUUAAUACAGUUCUUCAAGUUGUGGCGACCCCCCAAAACACACACUUAUUUUCGUUGCUACUUCAUAAAUGUAGUGUAUUUUUGUUUUCCAAUGGUCUUACGUGACCCCUGUGAAAGGAUCAUUCGACCUCCCCCCCAAAGGAGUUGCGUCCCACAGGUUGAGAGCCGCUGGUCUACGCGAUUCGACGCAACUUACAUCGGUGAGAAAGCUGUCUCCUGCAUGAUAAGCAUCAAAGCAAAGUGCAUGCCUCUGCUCACGUGUACACAUUUGGUUUCGGUAUGACCCAUUUUAAGCAUGUACUUCUUUCCGGAUUAUGGGAAAUUUUAUUAAAAUCUACAAAAAAUGUCACUGAAGGAUAUAUCACUGAAGCCAUGUCACUGAAGACCAUGUCGCUGAGGAAUAUGUCACUGAAGAAUAUGUUGAUGGAGGAUAUAUCACUGAAGAAUAUGUCACUGAAGAAUAUCACGGUCUCUACUAUUAACCUAGUUAUCCUAUUUCAUUUUUGUUAUUUAUCACCUCAAUACAAUUAUUUUACCUUAAUUGAAAAUGUUUUCAAUUUAUCAUCUAGUUUAGUCUAGGACCCUAAGAUUCCUGGAAAAUCAUCGAGCGCCCCCCCCCCCCACACUCUAAAAAUAAAAUAAAUAAAAUGUGAUUUAAAUGCCGCCCCUACACAAAAAAGUUGCCCCCCCCCCAUUGUUCAUUGGCUAAUAGACAUAGAGUUAGAAAAUACGUUAACUUGACUGAACUAGACUCAUGCACACAUACAGUAUAUAACCUAUAUCGAGGAAACCUAGAAAAGAUGUUGUUUUAAAUGGAAUAACAGGGCUGCGCAAAGUAUGUCUCCAGGGGCGCCAUGGUGCCGCGCCACGCCCCUGCACUCAUCUGUUUAAUGCUUUCUUGUCAGCCAAUCCCUGCCAUGCGCAUAUCGUCAUACAGAAUUGCCAUAUAUUCACAGCAGAGGCAGCACAUUUUCAUGAUAGUAUUGGUAUUCAUUAUACAUGAAAUUUUUAUAUCUUUGAAAAACAAACAGAUUGUAAUCAACAGCCAAGAUGCGGUCAACGCUUGCACUGCUCACAGCGGCGGUUCUACUCCACGGCGUCAGCCCCACACAAAACGGGAAAACUGUUGUGUUUCUGCCCAUCAUGAUAGUCUCCAGCCACGCAAUGGUGUACGAACUGGUAGCCCAGGAGCUGGCCCUGCUCGGCCACCACGUCCACUUGGCUGUACCCUCUGCCUUCGCGAGGCGGCUCCGAACCAACUCGUCAUCGGGCGUCCGCUACUUCAGCUACGGCGACUUCCUCGACGUGUCCGAAGAUAUGUUUAUAAAGAAAUGUGAAGAGACGCUGGGGAACGCAACGCACGGCGAGCCCGAUUGGACGUGGAUGCUGGAGUACUCCAGCGUUCUUUCGGAUGUUUUCUUCCAGGCCAUGAAUGAAAGGGGAUUGGUAGAAUUCGUGAGGGAACUCAAACCUGAUUUACUGGUCGUCGAUUGGUCCCCGAGGAUAAACGAGUUGGUCGCGGUACCCUACGCCCUGGGUGUCCCGUUUGCCGUGCUUAGUCCACUGUUCAGUGCUGCCACGGCCAGAGUUCCCUCCAACCCGAUGGAGGACGCGAUGAACUCCAAAAACUUCCGUAGCGCCUCGAGUUUUUACGAGAAGUUUCUCAUCCUCUUGGACGUCAUGUACCCGUUUUAUUACGAUCUGGUUUACGAUACGGGGUACGUUGCUAGAAUAGCACAAGAUAAACCGCCCAUCACGACAAGUGAUCUUAUGAGCAGGGCCGAGAUCUUUCUGUUCGAAAACGACCACAUUCUGGAUUAUCCGCAACCUUCGCUGCCCAAUAUCAAAUUCCUGGGCGGGAUAACCCCUGGGCCUGCCAAGCCGCUCGAGGAACCCUUCAAGACGUUCAUGGACACUUCUCGCGUGGGCGUAGCUGUUGUGUCUUUCGGGAGCCUGGUCGUGAACUUCCCGAAGAAUACGACCGACAAACUUGUGGCGGUUCUUAAGCAGCUGAGCCUCAACGUCAUCUGGAGGGCCAACAUCACGACUCCGGAUCCCGACAAAAUUCUGACCUCUUCGUGGAUUCCCCAAAAUGAUCUCUUAGGGCAUCGGAACACCAAACUAUUUAUAUCCCACUGUGGAACACACGGCCAGUACGAGGCCCUCUAUCACGCGGUGCCCGUCGUGUGCCUGCCCAUCUUCUUCGACCAGAGCUACAACGCCGAGCGGUUCGAAGCCAAGGGGUUCGGCCUGGUUGGUAAUCUUUGGACAGAUUCUGUAGAAACGUUGGUCAGGGUAUUGCAAGAGGCAACCAAAAGUGAGGAAAUCAAACAAUCCAUUAGCAAAGCUUCGGAAAUUUACCAUCAGCUUUUCCAGGAUCCCAAAAAGGAGGCAGCAUUUUGGCUUGAUCACGUGAUAAAAUAUGGCGGUGCCUACAUGCGCUCAAACACUCAGAAAAUACCAAUGUAUCAGUACACUCUUAUCUAUUUUCUUUUCUUAAUAGCAGGAAUGCUUUUAACACUUUCUCUUUUCAUGAUAUGUGUCACUAUUUGCAAGGUCUGCUUAUUUUUAUGCAGCAGAAAUCUAAAGCUCAAAGAAGACUGAUAAACCUAGGAAGGGGCCGAACAAAGGGCAAACUAGACCACACCGUAAGAAGUAGUUGCUCAACAUUUCUUGAUAUGGAAACUUGUAAAAUUGCACCUGAAAGCGCACUAAUGCCCAUUCUUACACAUCUUUUGCUCAAACUCAAACAUUUGAUUCCCGCAAUCUGAUUUCAACAGACACUCCAGUUGACAAAAUUGUGAUCAGGUAUACUUCAAGUGGAAGGAAAUCUAGCAAAACAAGUAAAAAUCAAAGUAGCUUAUUUGUAAUGCUUACAUUUACAUUUAAAAGAAUACCAAAAAAUACAACACACAUGAAUGCACAAGUCAUUUGCAACCAAUUCAUCAAUGAAUCAAACAUCAAAACAUGACAUUAAAUAUACAAUACAUAGUUUGUACAAUAAAUUUCUGUGUACACCGAGAAAGAACUUUGUUAAAAACUUUUUCACAAUGUUAAAACCUUCCCACAUUGUUAAAAACUUUAUAUUAAAGCAUGGAUUACAGAGAAUGAAUAGGUUUUUUUUUUUUCUUUUUGCUUGAAUGCUACACUACUUGUUCUCUAAAAAUAAAUGCAUUCAAUGGCUUCAUAGAUUUAAAAAUUGUUUUAAAAUUCUUUAAAGAAUAGUGGCAUGGCUCUUUCAUCUACAUUACAGGAUGAUGACCAACUUGAAACAGAAAUGGGUUAUACAUGAAAUUAACCGAACUAUUUUUUGGGCCAUUGAUUGACAUUUUGUUUUGGCUGCAGUGUUACGACUCUUAAGUUUAAAUACAUGUUUUUGU